CAUAAACCUCUGCCUACUCCAAGGACUAGUGAGUGCGUCGCCAGUACUUUGGAUUGAAAGCAAAACGAAGAAAAAUGCGCGGCAGUAUGUUGUGCUUGGUUUCGCAAAUAAAGAAAUCGUGCGCAGAAGGGAAAUGGCAAGACGUUCUUUUACACUACCAAUCACUAGGGAGGGCAGGCAUCCAGGUGACUGACAUCUCAGCAUUCCCUCCCAUUCUCAAGGCCUCCUUAAACCUCUCCCUCUCCUCCACUUAUGGCGCCUCCUUCCACGCAUCUCUCCUCAAGCUUGGCUUCGCCGAAGCAUUCGCCCCCGUGGGGAAUUCCAUCGUUGAUUUUUACUCCAAAUCCGGACGUUUGGGUGCUUCCGUGCGUGCUUUCCAGUCAUUGGCCAAACCUGAUUCCGUGUCCUGGAAUGUAAUCAUCCACGCUCACCUUCACCAGGGCGCUUCUCCUCGGGAAGGGUUGAGAUUGUUUGAUCAGGCGCGCGCUGCUGGCUUUCAGCCCAACGUCUCUGCGCUGGUUCUUGUGCUUCAGACUUGUAGGAAUCUCGCGUCUUUCCACCAUGGGCAAAAGAUUCACGGCUUCUUGGUUCGAAGUGGGUUCGGAACUGUAUGCUCCGUGCAGAACUCGCUGCUGAGUUUCUAUGCAGAGCUCAGGAUGGAACUUGCAUGGGAGCUGUUCGAUGAAAUGAGUGAGAGAGAUGUAGUUUCUUGGAGUGUGAUUAUUGGGGGUCUUGUUGGGAGUGGAGACGCUGCCCUUGCUCUUGAAUUGUUCAAGGAGAUGUUAUCUGAUUGGGGGAUUAGACCGGAUGGCCAAAUAGCCGUGAGUGUGCUCAAGGGCUGUAGCCUUUUGGGGGACAUUAGAAUGGGAUCACUGGUACAUGGUCUUGUGACGUCUAGAGGUUUGGGCCAAGAUUUGUUUGUUGGGAACUCUCUGGUUGACAUGUAUUCCAAGUGUAAUGACAUGGGUUCUGCCUUACAAGCCUUCGGUGAGAUCCCUCUCAAGAAUACAGUGUCCUGGAACUCCCUGUUGUAUGGGCUUGUCCAAAGCGGCAAUCAUGGGGACGCUCUUCUCCUGUUUGAUUCCAUGGGUAAGUCUGGAGCAGAAGCCGAUGAGGUAACAUUAGUAAAUCUACUUCAGGUAUGCAAGCAUCUUGGUGAUCCUUAUCCAUGCAAGUCGAUACAUUCCAGAAUAUUCCGACUAGGUUAUGAGUGGAACAAGUUGGUUAUGAAUUCUGUACUUGAUGCUUACGCCAGGCACGGACUCAUUACACUUGUUUGGAGACAGUUUAGUAGCAUGGGAAGACGGGAUGCGGUGACCUGGAGCACCAUGAUCGCAGCCUUCACUAAUCAAGGCAUGCCCGAUGAAGCAUUUGAUGUCUUUCAAGAGAUGUGCAGUAAAUCAGAAAAACCCAAUGCGAUUACCCUGCUCAAUCUUCUAGAGGCUUGCUCUAUUACAGCUGAUCUGAGAAGAUCAAUGUGGGCUCAUGCCAUUGCAAUAAGAAGAUGCCUGGCCUCCGAAGUUGCAGUUGGGACUGCAAUAUUAGAUAUGUACUCAAAAUGUGGAGCAAUAGAAGCUUCGAGAAAAGUAUUUGAAUGCAUACAUUGCAAGAACAUCAUUUCCUGGAGUGCUAUGAUCGCAGCAUUUGGAAUGAACGGACUAUCAAACGAUGCUUUAGCCUGUUUCAAUGAGAUGAAAAUGCAUGGGCUGAAACCCAACCAAGUAACCCUUCUUUCUGUGCUUUCAGCAUGUAGCCAUGGAGGGCUGAUUGAAAAUGGGAUCUCUCUCUUUAGAAAAUCAGUGCAUGAUCUUGGAAGUGAAUUGGAGGCAGAACAUUACUCAUGCCUUAUUGAUCUGCUGGCUAGGGCCGGAAAGGUUGAAAGUGCAAGAGAAAUAAUCGAGAGGCUACCUCAAGAUGGAAAAAAGCCCGGUAAAAGUGCAUGGUAUGCAAUCUUAAGUGCCUGCAGAAUUCAUGAGAACAAUGAGGUUGGAUUUGGUGUUCUCCCUCAGCUCCUUGAAUUAGAACUAUCAAACACAUCUGCAUGUUCGCUCGCUUCAAGCAUGUACGCUUCUAGUCAUUUGUGGACUGAUGCCACCAGAAUGAGAUGGAUGAUGAAUGAUAGAAAGGGCAUGGGGACCAAAGGCGCUUACAGUUUAGUGCGUAUAGAUGGAAGGACAUGUAAGUUCUUUGCAGGCAAUAACCGUAGCUCGUUGCCAGAUAAACUGUGCCUAGCUAUUGCACAACUGCACUCAUGUAUAAAAUUUGAUUGUGGAGUGUGAUGCUAUCACAAUUUUCAAGUAGAAGAUGAUGGAGGAGCUUGAAAUUAAAGGAGAAUAUAUCUUUAUUAAGUGGAGCUGAAGCCGGUGCUCUAUGUAUUUUUUGUAUCUUCAAUGCCCAAGAAAAUGAAUCCAUACUG